AUGAAUAGUGUUCAUCAUGCGAAAACGCAUCCCAUGCGUGUUGGUAUUGCUGUUGGGCAUCGUCCAUUUACACUUAAUAUACAGCCACUAGCAGAGAGAAGAUCAACAACCACAACAAGAAAUUCAGAUGCCAACCGCAAUCACUCAUCCGCAAGAACACCACCACCACCAGGCGCCGCUGCGGGAGAAAAUCGUAAUUGUUGUUCUGCCUCCACAUGCGGUCCAAUCUCGCAAGUAUCACCCUACCGCGAGUCACUUCUCACACGCAUGCAAGGGCGGGUCUGUGUGGGAGUACACCACCACACCAAUAACCCAAACAACAACAACAACAAUGUCAAUAUGAAUAAUAAUAAUAAUGUUAAUAAUAGUAGUGUUUAUACUAAUACUAAUAUUAAUAACAAUAGUGAUAAUAAUAAUAAUAAUAAUAAUAAUAAUAUUAAUAACAAUAAUGAAAGAGUUGGCGGUAGUGAUCCCUUCCUUGCGACCCAUACUCAUUUCCCAUUUUUAUGUAGAUAUGCGUCGACGAGGCCUUCGUUUUCAGCACUCGUGCCGCCCCCAACGACCCGCUCUCAUCAUUUCUGUUCCGCCCACUGCUCGUUAACACAACCGCGGCGUCCCUUUUGGAUGGAUGUGGAUUGGCCGGCAGCAACAACAACAGCAGCAGGUGGAGGAGGAGGUGGUGGUGGGGUCCAUCCCUGCACGUGGAGAAGUGACGGCGACUCGCACCUAGCCGCCUGGCGUCGUCAACACCAACAACAGCAACGACGACAAUCUCAACAGCAACAGCAACGACGACAAUCUCAACAGCAACACCAACGACGACAGCAACGACAAUCUCAACAACAACAGCAACGACAACAGUGGGGGCAGCGAAGAGAAGGGAGACAAGUACGGAACAAUGAUGGUUUACUGCGUUAUAACACCUAUUGGGUUCCCAUGGCACGUAAUCGAUAUGUGGAUCCCAACAUGAGUGAUUUGAAUGAGAACUCUGCAGUGAGGCCCAGACACACGCCUCUCUUCUCCGCACCCUCGCAGAGUGUUAGAAACUCUUUAUUGCCAAAUAGAACUACAGCCGUCCAUAAUCAUAUCACCUCCAGUCCGUUUUAUCAUCCUCCACUGCAUUAUUCCGCCUUUUGGCAACAGGAGCCAACAAUUCAUGAGGCCUCCCCAAGAUCAGCAACCCCAACCACAACAACAAGAGGACCACCAACAGUAACAACAAUACCAAGAGGAGAAAGAGAAAGAGUAUCAACAAGAGCAAUAACACCAACACCAGCAUCAAGAGUUUCUGCUCCCAUUACAACUUCUGUUUCUGAUGUUACAAUGGAUGAUUUAGUGGGUCAACAUUUAACACGGCGUUUGCGUCCGGGACAAGAGACUAAUUUUAGGGAAAUGUUUGAACGAACCUCACAUCAAUCAGAUCCCCAACAUCAUUACCACCAGCACCAACAACAACAUCAACAUCAAGAAGAACAAAACAAUCACCAUGAAGCCGAAGCUACAUCUCGAAUACAAACCCGACAGAGUACUGUUGGGAACAGAGUGCGCAGUCCGUUCUUUGAGGAAUGGAUGUCUAGACUCAGUCCCCAGUCAAGAAACUCCCACAUCAAUUCCCCACCCAUGAUAUACUUCCCUACACGUGGAUUGAGACAACCACAGCACGAAUCACAACAACAGAGAUCCCCACAUCCAUUUUUCAAUAGAAACAGAAGUGAAUUUAUGUUACCCAUACGAGCACUCUCUAUUUUUCAUUCCUCUUCCCCUUCUCCUUCCCCUCCUAGACGUUCAAACAUUUCGUCUAGGGGAGCUGGGUUUGAUCUGGAUGCGGUGCUUUCACCAGAUGUGGAUCGCAUGUCUUAUGAAGAGUUGUUGGAUUUGUCGGAGCGUAUUGGACGUGUGGAGCGUGGGGUCUCAAGGGAGCGAUUGCAGCAGCUGCAGAUGAUACUGCAGGCCUCUCACUUCAACUCAACAUCACCCUGCAAACAAACAGAAACAGUGGAGCCAAGGACAGAGAGGAUAAAUGAAGAGACGUUAAUGUGUUGUAUCUGCCUGGACUCCUUCUCUAUUGGGCAAAGAGCCACACAACUUCCAUGUUGUUGUCAUUUUCUUCAUAAUGGAUGUGCGGCUCGUUGGUUUGUGAGUCAUUUUCGUUGCCCAAUAUGUACUCGUGAUGUACGUAGUAGAGAGUAG